AUGGCAGAGAACACAGUGCCUCAAGUUUCUUACAAUUCAUCAUCUAGUUUAUACAACAAUUCAACUGACAUUGAAACUGCAGCUCAAGAUGCAGUCUUGCGUGAACAAGAUAUGGAAACACAAAGAGUGAUACAAGGCCAAAGAGACGCAGGAAGUGAAGGUGGAGCACCUUCGAAGGAUAAUACUGAUAUUUUCGCAGAACGGAGAGACCCUAAUGCUUUAAAGGAACAUCUAUUGAAGAUGACUACUGAGCAUCGCUCCGAAAUGGCUUUGAAGCGGGGGAAGCCUGCUGGUGCUGAAGAAGGUCAUAUAGAAAUUGGGAAUGGAUAUGGUGUACCAGGUGGAGGUGCAUAUUAUGCUUCUUCAAGGCCUGUCCUCGAUAGUGAGUCAGAACAGAAGUUGGCUACAAAGGAACUGCCAGAGUUCCUGAAGCAGAAGUUAAGAGCAAGGGGUAUCCUGAAGGAAGACACAGGAAAAAGCCAUCCAUUGAGAACUGAUAAUGCAACCUUUUGUAAAGACGCCUGGUUCUAUCAUCUGCAGUCCUUUAACAUGAUGCCUCAUAAAUUUGAAUUGCAGAAGUCGGGGACUGGUUCAACUCAACAUGUUGAAAUCGGGAAGUUGCCUCCUGGAUGGGUGGAAGCAAAGGAUCCUGCUAGUGGUGCUUCAUAUUAUUACAACAAAAAAACUGGAGAGACCCAAUGGGAAAGGCCAAUUGAUACGCCUUCAGCUACACAGACUCCGUCUCCUUUACCUGUUUUAAAAGAUUGGGUGGAGGCAUUGGAUGAAUCUACAGGUCAUAAAUAUUACUACAAUACAAAGACCCACGUAUCACAAUGGGAGCAUCCGAAUUCAUCACAGCUAGCCUCACAAUGCUCUCACAUCACAUAUUCUGGAAAUGCUUCUGGUUGGAAUCAGGAUAAUAGAUUAUCUGAGCCAAAGAAAUGUUUGGAAUGUGGUGGGUGGGGAGUCGGUGUUGUGCAGGCAUGGGGUUACUGCAAUCAUUGCACACGAGUUCUCAAACUUCCACAAUGCCAGUACAUAAUGUCCAUUUUGAAUAACCAGCAGCAGAACAACAAUCUUGCAAAUUCAAAGGAUGAUCUUGACAAAAAUGCUCCAAAACAGAGGUCCAAUUGGAAACCUCCUGUGGGAAAGGGAAAUAGAAAAGAGAGCAGAAAACGUGCCUACAAUGAUGAUGACGAGUUGGACCCCAUGGAUCCAAGCUCUUAUUCAGAUGCUCCCCGUGGUGGCUGGGUUGUGGGCCUCAAAGGAGUUCAGCCCCGUGCAGCUGAUACUACUGCUACGGGUCCCCUAUUUCAACAGCGGCCAUACCCAUCACCAGGAGCUGUCUUGCGAAAGAAUGCCGAGGUUGCUUCACAAACCAAGAAAUCUAGUUCUCAAUACACAGCUAUAUCCAAGAGAGGAGAUGGUAGUGAUGGCCUUGGAGAUGCUGAUUGA